AUGCCGACAUGCAAAUAUGACGGCAAGACCGACCCGGAGGAUCAUAUAUCGGCUUAUGAGGGACACAUGUUGUUGUACGCUGAUACCGACUCGGUAUGGUGUAAGGUGUUCCCUUCAACGCUGGUUGGUCUCGGCCAAACAUGGUUCAAGAGCAUACCGCCGGCAACUAUUUUCGAUUUCCGCCAAUUCACAUCUAUGUUUGUCACCCACUUUGUCAGUAACAAACGCAAAAGCUUGAGAAAUUAUGUAGGGCGCUUCAAUGCGGAAGCCGUUACCAUCCCUAGUUUGCAGCAGGAAGUAGUGGUGUUAGGCCUAAUGACAGGUCUUAGAGAAGGGACUGCCUUCAGAAGCUACCUGGGCUGCAAAAAGCUGACCAGCCUAACAGAGGUCUUAGGAAAGGCAAAUGACUUCAUCCGAGGAGAGGAGUUUGAUAAGGCGGCAGCUGCUAAAAGGCCGGCUGGCGAUGCAAGAGAUAAAGAGAAAGAUCGUAGGGAGGAUAAGUACCGGAAAGAUAAAAAACAGGAAAACUCCAACAUGAGAGCGGAAAGUAAUUUUGUAAAGAAGGGUUAG